CUCUCUCCCCUCUUCCUCUUGAAGCAACAUCAGCAUCUGACUUCAAACCAGCCCCUGUCCGACUUCCUCCUACAGUUUCUCUCAGUAACCCAUAUCGUCAGUCGUUCCCAAGGUUCUCUCUCUAUCUCUCUCUGUUUCUCCACUGCUCUCGCUAUGGGAAACUGGGCAGCCAACGAGGGACUAUCCACCUUUGUGAUCCUCGUCUGGCUAGGGAUCAACGCCUUCCUCUUUGUCCACUUCUACUUGGCCUUCCUGACGGACAGAUUCUACUACACCAGGGUUAUCCUGGGGCACGCCUUGUCAUGGGCUAGAGCUCCUGCCGCCUGCCUGAACUUCAACUGCAUGCUGGUCCUGCUGCCCGUCUGCCGCAACCUGCUGUCCUUCCUGCGUGGGUCUGUCCAGCGAUGUAGUCGCACUGCAGCCCGGCAGCUUGACAGAAACAUCACCUUCCACAAGCUGGUGGCGUACAUGAUAGCCUUUCACACGGCCAUCCACAUCCUGGCCCACCUGUUCAACUUUGAGAGGUUCAUGGGGGCUCAACUGGACACCAACGCCACGCUGCAGUUUGUGCUCUCCCAGAUCGGCAAUGGAGACGGCAGGGGCUACCUCAACCCAAUCAGAUCCAAAGAUACUAACCCCACGUACGUGAUGUUCACCACCAUCGCUGGGCUGACCGGGGUGGUCAUCACCCUGGCUCUGAUACUAAUGAUCACCUCCUCCAUGGAGGUCAUACGCAGGUCCUACUUUGAGGUCUUCUGGUACACCCACCACCUCUUCGUCGUCUUCUUCAUCGGUCUGGCUCUCCACGGCGUCGGACGGAUUGUGCGAGGACAGACAGCAGAAAGCCUGAAAGAGCACGAUCCAAAGGCGUGCGACGGGUUCUAUGAGACCUGGGGACAGAACGGCACCUCCUGCCCCGUGCCAAAUUUCGCCGGGAAUCCUCCAAUGACCUGGAAGUGGGUUGUGGGGCCAAUGUUCUUGUACGUAUGCGAGAGAUUCGUGCGAUUCUGCCGAGCUCAACAGAAGGUUGUGAUAACAAAGGUGGUGAUGCACCCCUCCAAAACGCUGGAGCUGCAGAUGAAGAUGAAGGGCUUCCGGAUGGAGGUGGGCCAGUACGUGUUCCUGAAGUGCCCCUCCAUCUCGCAGCUGGAGUGGCACCCCUUCACCCUCACCUCCGCCCCCGAGGAGGACCACUUCAGCGUGCACGUGCGCAUCGUGGGCGACUGGACCCAGGCGCUGUACGAGGCCUGUGGCGGGGACAAGCACGACAUCCAGGAGGCCUGGAAACUUCCAAAGAUGGGUGUAGAUGGGCCUUUUGGAACCGCCAGCGAAGAUGUCUUCCGGUACGAGGUGGUCAUGCUGGUGGGGGCUGGCAUCGGGGUGACACCCUUCGCCUCCAUCUUGAAGUCGGUGUGGUACAAGCAGGUGGAGGAGAAUAGCAACGUGUUCACCAAGAAGAUUUACUUCUACUGGCUGUGCCCGGAGACCCAGGCCUUCGAGUGGUUCGCCGACCUGCUGCAGAGCUUGGAGGGCCAGAUGCUGGAGAAGGGCAUGACAGACUUCCUGAGCUACAACAUCUACCUGACCAGGUGGAAGGAGACCGAGGCAGCUCACUUCAGGGUUCACCACGAGGCAGAGAAGGACGCAAUCACAGGGCUGAAGCAGAAGACCAAGUUCGGGAAGCCCAACUGGGACAUAGAGUUCAACGCCAUUGGAGCAAAGCAUCCUGGGGCCAAAGUGGGAGUGUUCCUGUGCGGCCCUACGGCACUGGGGAAAGCCCUGGAGAAACAGUGCAACACCCACUCCAAGUCCGACGCCGAUUUCAUCUUCAACAAGGAGAACUUCUGAACUCCCCUGACCCUGCCUAAUUGAUCAACCGCCUUUGUCUUCAACAGGGGAAGGCCUCAGCUGCCAGAGGUCACCCUUUCCCUUAGGGUUUAUUGCUAGUGCUAGCUAGUAACACAUACUGAAGGCUGUGUUUCACCUGCUCCAGUACUAUAUUGUUACAUGUUCAUUUUUAAAAUCCUAUUUCAAUAUUAGCAGUCUAUAAUAUAAAAUAUAAUGAGAUUUAUAAUGUACAGUGUUACCGUGUGCUAAUGGUUCUGAUGAAUGUUUAAAUUCAUGGUUUGCAGUUAUGUUAUGUUAUGAGCCUACCCGGGUGCUUUUCUUACAUUGUGCAUAAAAUGUGUGCUAGUGACUGAGGAGUGUGCAGAAAGCACUCCCUCACAAUUUUCAAACCCUGUUGUGCAUUUCAAAAAGCCACUCCAGUUGUCAAUCAGCGGACAUCAGUCUUCUUGUGGAACCUGUACAAGUGUACAACAGAAGAGGUGGCCAGUAUCUCAUCCCUAAAAUUAACAUGGAGAUGCAAUUGUACAAAAUACGGUACAAAAGUGCAAUUGGCUAUUCAAAAUUAGAUGAGAAUAUGACCAUGUAUAACUUGUUCUGAAAGAAAAGCCUCAUGCAUCUCGCGUAAGCUCAAUGGUGCUCUUUCUGGAAACUGUGAAUUGGAACAGAAGCAGAGAGAAAAUAAAUCCAAGACACUCUUUUGAGAUAA